CUGAGUGCGAAUCUUGUAAAGAAAAGGCGGCAGGUGGAAAUUUGUAAACAAACUGUGUAGAAUGUUAAAUGUACUGUAUUCCUAGAGUUGUCAUGUUAACAGCUAUAUUUAAUUGUCACCAAUGAAAUGUCAUAUCUAGAUGUCAGUGGAGUAUCACGCUUUUAUGGUGGAAAACAAAAACGGCAAUGGUCCAAAUUGGAAGCUGCUGUGAAUGAGCGUGUGAAGAAGCAUCGUUCUGAGAAGAUACCAGAAACAUUUAAACAGAGGAUAUCAGGCCCUUCUGUGAAAUGGAGGACAUUCUUCAGACAGCAGGAUGCCUUUCUUUAUGCAAGGAGCCAGGCAGAAGACUUACAUGUGUUUGCCUUUGAAAGUGAGCUUCUUGGGUCAGAAAGUGGACAGAGACAGUACCUUGUGACAUCAUAUCCCGUCUUCUGGCAUUUCUACAGCCAAUUGAAGAAAAGUUGUCGGCAUCAUUAUGAAGUCAUACCCGAAAAUGCUGUAUGUAAACUCUACUUUGACUUGGAGUUUUUGAAGGAACACAAUCCCGGCAGAGAUGGUGAUGGUAUGGUAGAUAUAUUCAUCAAGUAUGUCUGUUACUGGUUAAAACAGAAGUUUGGAAUCAGCUGUGAUAGGAAAGCAGUUCUGGAUCUAGAUGCAAGCACCGAGGUAAAAUUCAGUCGACAUUUGUUAUAUCUCCUCCCAGGAGUUGCCUUCAGGGACAACAUACACGCAGGAAAUUUUGUUCACUUUGUGGCCAAUGAGGUGAGGGAGCACAGUGAGAGGAGUGGUACCAGAAACCAGGAGAAUGAGAUGCCCAGACAUGGUUACACUGGGGAAAUGAAGGAUCUGCCAGAGGGUAUUACAACUAGGGACUUGGAGUCCCUGAUGGUGAAAAACAAGGAGGGGGAGGAGGUGUUGUUCUGUGAUCUAGGUGUGUAUACAAAGAACAGGAACUUCCGUCUGUACCUUUCCUGUAAGCUCGGCAAAGACAACCCACUGUUAUUGUCCUUUAAAAACCUUUACUGCCCAACCUCUCCCAGGCCGGGGUCAGGAGAUCUUCAUCAGUCUCCCAGGCAGGGGUCAGGAGAUAUUCAUCAGUCUCCCAGGCCAGGGUCAGGAGAUCUUCACCAGUCUCCCAGGCCGGGGUCAGGAGAUCUUCACCAGUCUCCAAGGCCAGGGUCAGGAGAUAUUCAUCAGUCUCCCAGGCCAGGGUCAGGAGAUAUUCAUCAGUCUCCCAGGCCAGGGUCAGGAGAUCUUCACCAGUCUCCCAGGCCGGGGUCAGGAGAUCUUCACCAGUCUCCCAGGCCGGGGUCAGGAGAUCUUCACCAGUCUCCCAGGCCGGGGUCAGGAGAUCUUCACCAGUCUCCCAGGCCGGGGUCAGGAGAUCUUCACCAGUCUCCCAGGCCGGGGUCAGGAGAUCUUCACCAGUCUCCCAGGCUGGGGUCAGGAGAUAUUCAUCAGUCUCCAAGGCCAGGGUCAGAAUGUCUUCAUCAGUCUCCCAAGCGGGGGUCAGAAUGUCUUCAUCAGUCUCCAAGGCCGGGGUCAGGAGAUCUUCACCAGUCUCGCAGGCCAGGGUCAGGAGAUCUUCACCAGUCUCCCAGGCGAGGGUCAGAAGGUCUUCAAUGGUCACCUGGGUUAGAAGAGGAUAAAUCUAACCACCACAGACUAAUAUUUAUGGACUCCCUUGUGGCUAAUGUACAAUAUCAGACUGACACAAGAAUUCUAUCAUUUGACUCUGAUCGAAUCAAAUGUCGUUCAUCAUGUCAUCGUAAAGAUGACCGACCAGAGACAAGCAGUUUGUACAUGUGGGGGAUAAAAACAUUUAUCAUCUGUACUUUAGAAACUUUAGACGGGCAGCAUCAUUCUCCAUAUCCAGAAGUGGAUGACUACAUUACCUCCUGUGUCCAGAGAAAUGGAACGAAAGGUCUCAUCCGUCACUGGACGUACUUCUCAGAAGGAGAGAUAAUUGUGUACGAGAUUGGCAAGAACAGAUGGUGUGAAAACAUUGGGCGGCCUCACAAGAGCAACAACAUAAUGAUGAUUGCUGACCUGAAGAAGGCAGUUUACUACCAGAAAUGUCAUGAUCCUGACUGUCAGAUGCAGAACUAUAAGUCUCCAGACUACCCCUUACCCAAAGAUGUGCUCCUGUCCAGUUUUUUUCAAGAGUCUGAUGAUGAUUUUCUUGAUGAGACGGAUGAUCAGGAAUGUCUACAAGCCGCCAUAGAAAUGGAAAGUUCGUUCAAUGAUGUCACAGCUUUGACAGGACAGGAACAUCUGAAGUGAUGAGUUAUAAUGGUCAGCAGGUUGACAGGAUUAUGAAGUAUGGAACAGACACGUAGCAUUGACAAUGUGUCACAUGCUACAAAGAAAUGAAACGAUCAAUGGAGUUGUAGUGUCAGCUGGGACUUCUGUCACGACCAGGUCACUGGAGGUCAAAGUGAGGAGAGGGAGCAGUCACGACCAGGUCACUGGAGGUCAAAGUGAGGAGAGGGAGCAGUCACGACCAGGUCACUGGAGGUCAAAGUGAGGAGAGGGAGCAGUCACGACCAGGUCACUGAGGGUCAAUGUGAGGAGAGGGACUUCUGUGACGACCAGGUCACUGGGGGGUCAAUGUGAGGAGGGGGACUGUCACGAACAGGUCACUGGGGGGUCAAUGUGAGGAGGGGACUGUCACGACCAGGUCACUGGGGAUCAGUGUGAGGAGGGGGACUGUCACGACCAGGUCACUGGGGAUCAGUGUGAGGAGGGGGGACUGUCACGACCAGGUCACUGGGGAUCAGUGUGAGGAGGGGGACUGUCACGACCAGGUCACUGGGGAUCAGUGUGAGGAGGGGGACUGUCACGACCAGGUCACUGGGGAUCAGUGUGAGGAGGGGGGCUGUCACGACCAGGUCACUAGGGGGUCACUGUGAGGAGGCGGACUUAGAGACUGCUGUCAGGACCAGGUCAAUGGGGAGUCAGUGUCAGGAGGGGGACUAAAUCGCUCACCUGCUUCUAAAGCUGAUCCCCACUUUAUUGAAUUAUCAGAAUAGGCUAUCUAGGUUUAUUCAUGUAACUCUCGGGAAUCUCUUCACUAUCAAGAAAUCAUUUUUUUUUUUAAUUUAACAUAUUUGAUCCCUAUGACCUUGAAUGUAGGUCAAAGGUUAUUCAUUUGAAGAAACUUGGUAGCCCUUAAUCCAAGCAUGACGCAGGCUAAAUAUCAAAUUCCUGGGUCUUUCUGUUAAUGAGAAGAAGUUGUUUAAAAGAUUUUUUUACAUAUUUGACCCCUGUGAUCUUGAAUGUAAGUCAAGGUCGACGUCAUGCAUUUGAAAAACUUCACCAAAGCAUGCAUCAGGCCAAAUAUCAAGUCCCUGGGCUGUUUGGGUAUUGAGAAGAAGUCUUUUAAAGGUUUUAGCCUUUUUGACCCCUAUGACCUUGAAUGAGGAUCAAGGUCAUUCAUUUGGAAAAAAAGACUUGACCUACAUUCAAUGUCACAUGCGUCAAAUACAAUGUAGGCUGGUCCUGUCUCUUGGUGAUAACACAGUAGUGAUCCCUCCCCAUAUUUACACAGGACUGGUCCUGUCUGUCUGUGAUAACACAGUACUGACCCCCACCCCAUAUUUACUGGGUAUUUACACAGGACUGGUCCUGUCUGUCGGUGAUAAUACAGUACUGACCCCCACCCCAUAUUUACUGGGUAUUUACACAGGACUGGUCCUGUCUGUCUGUGAUAAUACAGUACUGACCCCCACCCCAUAUUUACUGGGUAUUUACACAGGACUGGUCCUGUCUGUCGGUGAUAAUACAGUACUGACCCCCACCCCAUAUUUACUGGGUAUUUACACAGGACUGGUCCUGUCUGUCUGUGAUAACACAGUACUGACCCCCACCCCAUAUUUACUGGGUAUUUACACAGGACUGGUCCUGUCUGUCGGUGAUAAUACAGUACUGACCCCCCACCCCAUAUUUACUGGGUAUUUACACAGGACUGGUCCUGUCUGUCGGUGAUAAUACAGUACUGACCCCCACCCCAUAUUUACUGGGUAUUUACACAGGACUGGUCCUGUCUGUCGGUGAUAAUACAGUACUGACCCCCACCCCAUAUUUACUGGGUAUUUACACAGGACUGGUCCUGUCCGUCUGUGAUAACACAGUACUGACCCCCACCCCAUAUUUACUGGGUAUUUACACAGGACUGGUCCUGUCUAGUGACCCCCGUCCCAUAUUUACUGGGUAUUUACACAGGACUGGUCCUGUCUAAUGACCCCCGUCCCAUAUUUACUGGGUAUUUACACAGGACUGGUCCUGUUUCUCGGUGAUAACACAGUACUGAUCCCUACCCCAUAUUUACUGGGUAUUUACACAGAACUGGUCCUGUCUAGUGACCCCCACCCCAUAUUUACUGGGUAUUUACACAGGACUGGUCCUGUCUGUCGGUGAUAAUACAGUACUGACCCCAACCCCAUAUUUACUGGGUAUUUACACAGGACUGGUCCUGUCUCUCGGUGAUAACACAGUACUGAUCCCUACCCCAUAUUUACUGGGUAUUUACACAGGACUGGUCCUGUCUAGUGACCCCCGUCCCAUAUUUACACAUAUUUGCAUGAAAAUAUUUUGCCAGGAUUGCUUAAAUAUCCCAGCGAGCACUCCGAGCAGUCCCACUCUCGAAUUAUUGCAAUAUUUUCUAUAUGAGCAUAUUUUACCUUUAGACAUUGUUUUCAUUGUUAUAUUGAGACUACUUAUAAGGAAUGCUGAUGUCCUUCUUGAUUCUUGUUGUCUUGUGGUCUUGGAGAAAAAAGAUGUGAAUUUGUCACAAGUAGUUCUGAUACUUGAGGAAAACUUGUUCAAAUAUCACUUAGAGUAAAAAAUAAAAUGAAGAUGUUGAAUUUGUGGAGAUAUUUUAUUACUUGAUCUGAUCAUAAUGAUGGAAUUUCUCAGAUCUGCCCUAACACCGAAUUCUGUAAUUGAAAACUGUCAUUUCACGAAGACCAUCUUAAGUUGUUCUGAGAGACAGCCAGAUCUUGGAUGUAUAAAAUUCACUAGAAAUGUAUCUCAGCUAGAUUUAACAGACACAGUAAAAUUUUACCUCCGUGCUAACUGAUGCAUUGUGUCACCGAGUCACACAUGUAAUUAAAUUGAUACAUAAACAAGUAAACUUGUGGUAUACAUAGUGCCACACAUCCAACUGGGAUACAUUUCAUAAGAUCAUUGUAUCAAAUCUAAAUGUGGAAUACCUUGGUGGAUAUUUCUCGGUCUGACAUUAUAUUACUAGCACUGCCUUGAUUUAAACACCAAAUACAUGUUUGGUGUUCCUUAUGUCUACUUAGCAGUAUAUAUAGGAUCACAGUCAAAUAUUAAUAAAAUACCAUAACAAUUCUCACAAGUUCUCUACUGGCUUCAUAAGCUCAACACUUUACAGACUUAUAUAAAGUACUUAGGUAUAUACAUCAUUGAAAUAUCAGACCUAUAAGUAUAUAUAGGCAGUAGAGCAUGGUAUAAUAUCUGUAUAUCAACCUUGUGUAAGGACAGACCAAAUUGUUGUUAUGAUUCAGCCUGUGAGAUGAGAACUUGUAAGAACUGACUCUAGUCAUGGACGGCAUAUAUAUGUUUAGCCUGUAUUCCAGGUUAGCAUUGCAUAGUCAUUUACUGCACACACAACACGGAAAUACUACAGAUUAUCAAACUAGCAAAACAUGUUUGCUUAUUUAAAUCAACAUUAUCUCGGUUCAAGACUUUUGAUCAACAAUUCAUUAAAAAAAA